AGUACUUAUUACCUUUAUUUUAAUAUAAUGAGCUUAAUUGCAAAUUUAUAUAAUUUAAUUUUUACUAAUGACUGAUGGAAUAGACUCGAGGGCAAUGGGUUUGUUUUUUGGGGGGGUGUGUAACGACCAGCUAACAAAAUUCCUGAAAAGUUAACAAUCCCCAACCAGUGCUAACUGGCUCCAGCGCACACCUGGUGAGAAACCCUGUGUGGCAGAGCCCGGGUGUGAGAGGAAGAGGGACAGAGAGGGUUACACAUCUUUAAAGUCUACACUGUAAUCUGGAUUAAUUCACGCUCUCCUCUGUCUAAAUUUGGAUCAGUCCAAGCCUCCCCCGUUCCAGAAAUUCGGACCGAUCCAGACUCCGCCCCAGCGUCUCCCAGCCCGCCCCUUUCCCAACAGUGCGGUCGUCAAGACAACCGCGUCCGCACUCCCUCCUUUCCGACAAGCCAGGGUCACCGCCUCUCAGCGCUCCCAUUGGCCAAAAGUUAUCAGAGGGCGGUCCCUUUCACUUUCACUGGUCAGUUUCUCGAGGCGGUAGCAGUCCUUAUAUUCCCAUUGGCUGAUUGGUGGAGGGGGGCGGAGUUAUGGGUAGCGGUUGUCGAGGUUGCACCGGACCGCAACCCAGCUCAGUGCAGGCAGGGAGGGACGACCCGAGAUAUUUGGAAGAAUAAAGGUGAGGGGGCUGUAACAUGGAGGCAAACUGGCAAGAAGUCAGGGUUGGCGAUGCGGAGAUAGUGUUUGGGGAUUUCCAGGAUGUCUGUCCCGCAGGGCGAUGACUACACCGGCCGGCUCCGGAACGGGCUUUGGAUCCGUGUCCUGGUGGGGUCUGUCCCCGGCGCUGGACCUGCAGGCUGAAAGUCCUCCUGUGGACCCAGACUCGCAGGCAGAAACAGAACGCAGGAUUCCUGACCUUGAUGUGCUGCUGCUGGGCUCCGUGGAUGGACGGCAUCUGCUACGGACCCUUGCCCGGGCCUCGCGCUGGCCUCCUAGGAAUUUCAACUUCUAUGUGCUGGAGAGUAAUCUGGAAGCUGUGGCCCGACACAUGCUGGUUUUCAGCUUAGCCUUUGAGGAACCUGAGAAGAUGGGGCUGCAAGAGAGGAGCGAGAUCUUCCUGGAGGUGUGGGGGAACGCCCUGCUGCGUCCCCCAGUAGCUGCCUUUGUGCGCUCCCAGGCGGAGCGCCUGGCGCACCUGGUCCCCGAGCCCGACCGCCUGGCAGAGCAGCUGCCCUGGCUCAGCCUGGGCGCCCUCAAGUUCCGCGAGCGGGACGCCCUGGAGGCGGUGUUCCGCUUCUGGGCCGGCGGGGAGAAAGGGCCUGAGGCCUUCCCCAUAAGCCGCCUCUGGGACUUGCGGGUGCGCCACUACCUGGGCUCCCGCUACGACGCCCGGCGCGGUGUCAGCGAUUGGGACCUGCACAUGAAGCUGCACGACCGCGGGGGUCAGGUCAUCCACACCCGCGAGUUCCGGCGCUGGAGGGACACAGGCGUCGCCUUUGAACUCAGAGAUUCCAGCUCCUACCACCUGCCCAACCGUACCCUAGCGUCCGGACGCCUCCUGAGCCACCGUGGGGAGCGCGUGGCGGCGCGCGGGUACUGGGGGGACAUCGCCACGGGCCCCUUCGUGGCCUUCGGGAUCGAAGCAGACGACCAGAGUCUCCUGCGGACCAGCAACGGGCGGCCGGUCAAGAGCGCGGGCGAAAUCACCCAACACAAUGUGACAGAGCUCUUCCAGGAGGUGGCCGCCUGGCGGCGCCCAAGAGACGCCCAGCGGGACCCGGAGCAGGCGCAGCAGGGGGAGGAUGGAAACCUGGAGUCUGCAGCCUUCGCCCAGAGGUCCUUCACUGUCCACUUCCUUUCUCUCAAUUCUGCCCAGACCCUCCAGCACAAGAGCUGCUACAAGGGACGGUUCCAGCUUCUCUAUGUGGCCUGUGGAAUGGUCCACCUUCUCAGCCCUGAGCUCGGGGCCUGCGUGGCCCCCGGAGGGCGCCUGACUGUGGAAUUAGCUCGGUAUCUGGUAGACCUGCGGCAGGAGCAGCUGCAGGCGUUCUCUGUCCGGGUCGGGGAGCUGGCUCAGGAGGCUGGAUUCGCCGCGCUGUCAGGGGCUAGGUCCUCAGAGACCUUUGCGCGCUUCUGCAAGUCCGGGGACUCUUCUCCGGGCAACAUUGACCGAGCCGUGGGAUCCCAGACUCCAUCCACAGGAGUCCUGGUCUGGCCUUCGGAGGUCCUUUCCCCGCCUCUAGAAUCCAUGGCCCCGCCCCCUGAAACUAUGACUCCACCUCCUGAAGCCAUGGUCACGCCCCCUGAAGCCAUGGUUCCGCCCCCUGAGGAUCUCACCCAGCACAUUGGAGGCCUGGCCCCACACUCUGAGUACCUCAAGCAGCCCUCAGAGUCUCAGGGUUCCCCCUUGGAGGUUCUGGUUCCACCCCAGGAGGCUUUGGCUAUGCCCCCAGUAGGUCAGACCCCAAAGCAGAAGAGUCUGACCCGACUCCUAGAGGCCAAGUCCCCCACCUCUAAAUCCUAAAGUCAGGCCUUGGAAUUGUAACACAGAGGAUAUAAUUCUAGACCCACCACUAGAAUUCUCAGUUUUACUCUCAAGAUUCUCACUCAGCCCUGGAGGUGUUGCCAGAAUUUCAAAUUCCAUUCACGGCCUUCUGUAGUCUAUCCCUAGUAUUCUAGAAUGCUCUCUCAGAAUCCUAAAUUCCACUCCUGAGACUCUAAACCCACUGGGUAUCAGGCCGUCUGCAUCGGCCCCUUGUCUCAGAAGUCUGCAUUCCUAACUGGUGGGUGGGAGUGCCUUCUUUCCCAGGCCUGGUCAUCACCCAAGUGGUCCCAGUAAAAGGAGUGGCAUUCUCUUCUAUGUGUGUCCGUGUCAUUCCUGUUCUCCGUCUGUCUCUGGUGUCUGAUAGAGGGGAGGGGCCUGGAGACUGGAUUUCUGGGUUUUCAAAUGGACCGAGGGUGGAUUCUGAGAUGCUGUGGUUUGGGAGCUUGGACCCCCUACAACUGAAUCGUCACUUCAAGCAACAAACUGACUAUAAAAGAUGAAAAACACAAAGUUCCAGUUCUCAUGGAGAUUACAUUUUAGUGAAGGGUAUUGAGGGCCCUGGGGCCUGCACUCCUGGUUCUGGGGGAUGAGGGGAACCGGAUGACUAGGCCACCAAGGUGGCAGGGGUGAGCCAGCUGAAGCACAGCCAACCCCACCCCUCACGC